AUGGCCGAAUCGCUGCUUGGCGUCAUCCUCGCCACGUCCUCCUCGCGUGGGGAUCACAUCGUGUUUCGAUGGCCCAACAGCCCCAAACUCUUCAAACGCUACUCUAAGGUGAAAUACUACACCGAAACGCGUCCACUAAACCGUUCCCAGCAGGACGACGACCUCGACCCCGUGCGUCAAAAGGCGAAAUGGGAUCGUCAUGACGAAGACGACGACGAUAAUGCCGAUGCCCUCUCGGACGAUGGCCGCCAGAGCGAUACCCCUUCUUCAUCUGACUUUGAAGACUCGGACGGCACCUUGGCCGACGAUGACGAAAACAGGUCCGUCCGUGACCGCGCUGAAACCGUCGUCUCCCAAGGCAGGUCAAAAGCGGGUGCAGCUGCAUCUACGGCGCGUUCGAAAAGCAAAGCGAGACGUCCCUUGUUGGGCAUGGAAGAGGCUACACCCAGCGUCAGAUCGGCGGAUCGCCACGCUUCAGGACACAAGGAUGCUUCCGACGCACACGACAGAGCACCAGACUCUGACGCUGGAACCUCGAAGGAGCUGUCUCCCGAGGAAAAGGCAAGACGCGAAGAGAGAGCUACCAGAGCAUACAAGACUUAUCUUGGUUAUGACAUCGAAAUCUUAGCCAGCAUCUUGAAUCCUCGACCCGAGCUGGCGCAUCAAAAGUUCGAGCUCGUCGUCGACGAUCUUGCCUUUCUCGGCCACCCAGUUGCAGCAACCAAGGGCGGGACUUGGGGUGAUCAGGGCGACCAGACGCAAGACAACGACAAGGAGGCUCACGGCGCCAACGACAAGUCGGCUAGUCAAACACAGCAACGAGGGCGAUCAGGGCUUCGCAAGGAGAUUCGACCCUAUGAUCUUCCUGACGACAGUGACAACCUCGAAAAGGCAGCGCCAUCUGCCUCUGAGAAGCAAACAAGCAAGCACGACCCGGUCACCUCCUCGAAGUCUAGAAACGCAUCCCAAACUCGCAUGGAGCACACCCACGAACCAUCCUCGUCUCGUUCUCAAGCACCCUUGACGCAAUUCCACCUCGUCCUCGUCCUAGAUCGUCCCGAUCCAUCGUCGGCCAUGUCUGGCAUGGACCUUUCCUCUUGGCUCCAGCUCUACUACGACAACAUCGUAUUCAAGAUGACAGCUGCGCUGUUUGCCGAGCAGUCUAAAUCGGACUACGUGGGGCGAGAGACCGAAAAGCUCCUGGCGCUACGGGAACGAUGCAUGGACGACGGACAGGCCUAUGCGGCGUAUGCAGCACAGUGUCUUGGCAUCUCGUCGCUCGCCCGAUGCAUACGCGAUCUUCACAAGAGCAUCAGCACCUCGUCCGACGCCUUCCUCACCAUCAACGAUUGCAUUGAAGUACAUCUCCAGCUUCCGCCUAUCCUGCAAGAUCCUGCCAGUUUGCCCAAGCUGGUCGAUAUCGAGACGGAGCUCGAUCCGAACGAUCCAAUCUUUUUGUCGGGCGGCGGGUUUGCGGGGUUGGGCAAAGAGGGUGCGGAUGAGGACGGAGGUGGCGGCACCUAUGAUCGGCUGUUGACGCUAACGCCGGGCCAGCUGAGUAUGGAGGAAUGGUGUCGGACGACGGGGCCGUAUCUGGUGCCGUGGAAGACGCUGCUGCUGCUGCACGAUCAAGCGGAUGAGGCGCCGGCACGCAGUCGCGAUGGCAGUCCCGCUGGGCUCGGUUCACCGGGCGGCGGACAGCCAUCGGAAGCGCACGGCUUUGAGCGGCUCUCGCGCAAUUUCACAGCGUUGUUCAGGCCGAGGCUGCACAACUGUCUUAACUUCAGCGAUGUCGCCGACUUGCUCGGUUGGCAGCUCUACGAAGAUGUGUAUCCCAUGAUCAGGCACUUGAUCUACUAUAGGCAGGCAAGGGUGAUCGACGUACCCCGUCCCGGCCAUGUCUAUGCUAUUUCGCCGCUCUUUGACUUUUCGCGUCUCGGCUUCCUGUCGCGUGUCUGGGCUCAGGCGUUCCCCGAAGUCGCGCCCCUGCCGGUGUUCCUAUCGCAGCUGUCGUCGUCUUCGCGUGCACUCGGCGCGCUGUUCCCGGCGAGACAUCAGAGAGAGCUUGCGCUGGACGUGUUGAUUUGGCUGCUGCGCCACGACGUGGUGGUCAAGAUGCAUAUCCGCCUUCGGCUUAUUGCAACCGAGAGCGUCAAGCUGCGUACGGCGGAGAGGAGUCGGGAGAGGCACGAGCGACACCGGGUCAGGAGGGAAAAGCGGCGGCAGAGGGCGGCAAAGGCGGAAGCGAGGCGGAUGAAGAAGUCGCAGGCCGAGGAGCAGCAGAGGCGGAAGGCUGCUGAGGUGGCGGAGGAGGCGAGGGUGAAGGAGGUGGGUGGGGAGGUCAGGGGUAGGAGUCGGGAGAGUGACAGCGCGAGGACGGCGGAGGCAGCGCAUGCAGAGGGGAUGCGGGAUGGCAGGGACGGUGAUGCUGAUGUUCAGACGUCGGGGCUGAGCGUUUCGAGGCCUCCUAUUCUGGCUCAUCCGGACAGCGUGGCGGAGGCGGCUUUGGCGGCCGCUGCAAUUGCUGGCUCUGGUGGAGAGGAAGCCGGACGUGCGCACCAGCACCAUCACCACCGUCACCCCCAUCGCCACCAUCAGCAUGCAAGUGACUUCAACGGCGGCACAGACUCUGGCACUGCAGCAGCAGCAGCAGCCGACAAGGCGCCCAUACCGAUCGCGCCCCGACCUCCGUUUGACGAACUCAAAUUCGAGCGUCGGCCCGUUCUGCGCUCGCGCUCGCCCUCGACUGCGAUGAUGGCUGCGGGCACCAGCACCGGCCUCUCGGUCAGCUUCAGCAAUCUCAGCGAGCGUGGGGAGAUCGGACGUCGAGCACGUGCCGACACCACGGGGUCUUCGUCGUCUGGUGGUGGGCUGGCACACGGCCGCAACCGCGGCGAUGGGCUGAGUAUGACGCCGAGCAAGUCGCAGAUGAGUCGGCCAACAACGCCGAAUGUCGCGAUUGGGGGGAGGGGGAUUCCGCUGCAUGUGCGAGAUCGCUCGAUCGGGGGCAGUGGCUCAAGUCAUCCAUCGAGUGCGGAGGGGAGUUUGCCGAGGAGAGCACGGAGGGCGACGAGUUCGGCCGGGUGGGGUGGGAGAAAGGGAGUGGCGAGGUCGAGGUCGCCGUCAAGGGCGAGGAUGAAGGUGAGAGGGUUUGGGGUUGGGGCUGAGGUGGAGAUUGAUGAUGAUGAUGAGGAUGAGGAAGAGGAUGAAGAGGGGGUGGUAGGAGUAGGGAUGGACCAGCGUGGAGCAGAGGAGCUUGAUACGAAGCUUGGAGCAAUGCGAUUGGGUCAAGGGCAAGAAGGAGGGAAGACAAAGAGGCGUAUCUCGACGGCGAGUGAGAGACCGGAUCUUCCGCCGCCGAGCGAGAGCAACUACAGUGACGGUGGGAAAGGUGCGAGUCAGCGUAGUGGCUUCAAGCGCGAUACCGUGUCGUCUGGCUCAGCUUCCAACUCGUCGUCAUCGGACGACGAGACGUCUUCGUCCAACUUGUCGCUCUCCACAGACCUCGAUUCGGAUUCCGGCGACUCCGACUCAGAGUCCCACCUGCACCGCUCGCACGCUCGCAGGAAUCAUCAGUCAUCGCCGAUGCUUUCCUCCUCCAUCUCACCUUCCUCCUCGCCGCGCUUCUCUCGUGUCCGCGCCGCCACUCACACUACCACGGCGACGACAGGAGGUGGCAAGGUGUACAUGGAAAGCCUGAUCGUCGAGCCAUCGCGGGCGUCGCGCCGCGAAAACGAGUACAUCGCCACCAUGGUCGAAGGCAAAGACGCGGUGACGGUCAAGCACUUUUUCAGGCUGUUGCCGUACUUGAAUGGGAAGCAUACGGUCGACGAGAUCGAGUACAGGGUCCGCAUGAAGCGCAAGGACAUCAGGAGGCUGUUGGCCACGUUCAGAGAGUUUAUUGUCACGUUUAUGCAUCCGUGA